CAGAGGUGCAGAGCAGAGCAGGAGACACACACCCCAGCAGCUACAGAAGACAGAAGGUCAGUCUAUAGACAGAGGAAGGGACACAAAGCACAGCCCAGGGAUCAAGCCGAGAGACUGAGCGAGAGUGAGGGAGCAGGGUUUGUUUUACCAGCUUGUGUUUCCUCUCUAGUUUGGAGAGAGAUAGAGACAGAGAGACACAGAGACACAAGUAGGGUUCACCUCACCAGGAGUCAUGUUGUGGAAGCUGCUCCUGGCUGCCUGUGUGUCCACUGUCCUGCGGGGGGCGCUGUGCAGCACUGCCUCUCUGCGCAGAGCUAAUGACGGGGGCGGCCGCUGUCUCUACACCUUCACCGUGCCGAGCCCUGCAGAGCACAGCUGCCCCGAACCGGCCGCGGUGCAGGAGCUCCGCAGACAGGGGGCGCUGCAGCGCACAGAGAUGGAGGCCCUGCAGACACGGCUGGGCUUGCUGGAGGUGCUGGUAAGUCGGCUGGCAGGGCCGGGAGGGGCCGGGGGGCAGGGUGGCGGUCUGGAAGCAGCAUACAGCGCCACCAUGAGGGAGAAGACUGAACUGCAGCGGGAGAGGGACAGGCUGGAAGCUGAGAGGCAGGAGCUGCAGAACAGAGUGGACAGGCUGAGGCAGGAGAACAGCAGACUGAGGCUGGGGCAGUGCGCCCCCAUUGAGACUCCCCUCCAAGACCCUGACCAGAGACCCCCCGACGGAUCCAGUCUAGAUUACAGCAGCCCCAGGUUCCAGGAGUUCAAAUCGUUGUCCAGGCUCACUGCCUUCUCACGAGUGCCGCUGGUCGGAGUGCACUCACGUGCACAGACCCCCCCCAGGGGGGGGAGUGACAGCACAGGCUGUGGUGAGCUGGUGUGGAUAGGAGAGCCUGAGAGUCACCGGAAGGCAGACAGCAUCGCUGGGAAGUACGGUGUGUGGAUGCAGGACCCCGAGCCAGUGCCACCCUAUGGACCCGAGAUGACAUGGCGCCUGGACGCGGUGGGCAGCGCGGUGCGGCAGCUCUUUGGCUACGAGGACUUCAAGCAGCUCUCCCGCGGCUUCCCCAGCAAGGUGCUCCUGCUGCCUGAGUCCGUGGAGAGCACCGGGGCUGUGGUGUACCGGGGCUCACUCUACUACCAGCGCCGUAAAUCCCGCACCCUCCUCCGCUACGACCUGCGCACGGAGAGCAUGGCCACCCGCAGGGAGCUGCCCCACGCCGGCUUCCACGGGCAGUACCCCUACUCCUGGGGCGGCUACACCGACAUCGACCUGGCCGUGGAUGAGACGGGGCUCUGGGCCAUUUACAGCACCAGCAAGGCCAAGGGUGCCAUCGUGCUGUCCCGGCUGGAUCCGGACAGCCUGGAGGUGCUGCACAGCUGGGAGACCAGCGUGCGCAAGCAGUCCGUCGCCAACGCCUUCGUCAUCUGCGGCACACUCUACACUGUGGCCAGCUACACCACGCCCAACACCACGGUGAACUACAGCUACAGCACAGAGAGCGGGCACGGCCGGGUGCUCAGCAUCCCCUUCCAGAACCGCUACCGUUACAACAGCAUGAUCGACUACAACCCGGCCCGCAGGCAGCUCUUCUCCUGGGACAACUACCACAUGGUGACCUACGAUGUGCGGCUCGGCACGGUGUGAGGGACCUGCCCUGUACCCCGACCCCCUGCACACCAACCCCACUCCCUCACACCCCAACCCCCUGCACCCCGACCCUGACCCCUAUCCCUCA